CGUGAUGAAGUUGGCCUCGUGCGAGCCAUCGCAGUCAAGGCACGGUCUUCUGCCCAACGAAAACAACUUUGGAAGGAUAUCCAGACCCGUCAGCCUAACCUGAGCCCUGUUGUCUCACAACUACUACUUGACAUGCCCAUCCGGUGGUCCUCGACUUAUGUUAUGCUCGACCGUGCUGAGAAGAAGAGAGCCUAUGUUGAUACAUUUGUCUACGAGCUCGGCCUUCGUGAGACUAACCUUACAAAACGUGCCAGAAUUGAUCAGUUGAAGUUGCGUGAAGAUGAAUGGGCUCGCAUUGCAUUAUUCACGUCUCUUCUUGCUCAUGCUGACAAAGCUCAGCAAAGCUUUUCGUCGGACAAAGGAGCAUCCCUUCACCUUGCUUUGCCAGCUCUCGAGGCCCUACAUAAGGCAUGGUCGACACGUUCUGAGAAUCCCAAGUACGAGCAAUUUCAGGAAGCCUUACAACAAGGUGUUGCAAAGAUCCACGAGUAUUACAACCGAAGUUCGGAGUGUGAUGCAUACAUCAUCGCAAUGUUGCUUGACCCAUCACAGAAGGACUCCCACAUCAAACGCUUUUGGGGCAAGGUCACACAUGCCGAGGCUCUCAAGGAAGCCGAACGAAUUGAAGAGCACAUUAAAUUGUAUGGUGAGCAUGGUGUUCCGUCGUCACUGAAGAAGAGAUCAGGUAAGGUAUAUGGACUUCUCCGAGAGCUUUCCAGUGAUGAUGAGAGUGGUGAUGACGAGCCGGAAGAGUCGGAGGUGGAUCCACAGUUGCCAUGGUUGAGGGAGUUCCACCUCUAUCUUAACUCACGCACUUCAGUUCCCGAUAACAUGUCUAUCAUCCAAUGGUGGGGGGUAAGUAUCAUUUCAUGUGAACUGUAUUAUUACUGA